AUGUGUUUAAGAGCAGGAAAUUUGCCUGAAAAAGAGGCCUAUGAUAUUAUAAAUUCUAUGAAGAACUCUCUUGUUGUUAGUACAAAAGAAACAGAGGAAUCUUCUCAAAAAUUUAAAGAAUCUUGGGAAUCAGAAGAAGUGGAUAGUUGGGAGCAAUUAUUAAAUAAACCAGAGGAAUAUUAUGAGCAAUCUUUGAAAAAAGGAUUAUCUAAGGAUCUUCUUUCAAAAGAAGAAAAAUCAUCUCAAGUCUCUAUACCUUUAAAUUCAGAAACUCAACAAACAGUUAUGACGAAUACACUUGAAAUAUCUAAUAUGCCUUCUAGUAUUUGUGAAGAAGAAAUUUAUAAUUCUUUUGGCCUUGAUAAGGACCAUAUGUUUAUUAAAUGGAUCAAUAAUACAAAAGCACAACUUUGUUUUUUAUCUGAAGAAGCCGCAACCAAUGCUUAUUUCAAAUAUCUCUCAUCUCCUCUUUCUAUAGGAAGUUUAUCACCGCUACCACCUGACUAUAAUUCACUUCGUUCUUCAACAUCUUCAGCUUUUACAUCCCGUACAAAAAUACCUCUUACUGUAUUCCAUAAAAGCACAUUUCUUGCAACAUUAGAACAGAAAUCCCCAGUCCUGGACAAAAGACCGUUAAAAACAUCAACCGUUGCAAAACGUCUUAUUACAGGUGUUCUUGGUGUACGUGCACCACGUACUGCAAAAGAAAAAGAAUAUGAUGAGAUCAUGAUACACCAAUUCCUUGAAACACUUAAAGAAAAAAAAGCACAGGAACAUCUGAAAGAAGAAAUAUGGGAGAAAGGAUUUUAA